ACUGGACCUCCCUGGACGUCGGAGCCCUGUUGGCUAAGUGUACGGUCCCGCACAGCAGCAGACGUUUCCCUUGGCUCGCGGAGGAGCAUGCACAGCGAGAGGGGAGACACAUAGUCAGCAAGACUCAAGCCCAGGCGAACCCCAUCUGAAAAGGAAGAAAAACUACAGAGAAGAAGUUGACAUGACAUAGGGGUCAUCAGAGAUAUUGUUCCUCCACUCUUUGAAAUGUAGAGGAUACUGCUGAAAACUGCGGAAGCAACCUAACAUACAUUUAAACUAGUUAGAGACUGUUUCCCAUUUUAUGUGGCAAACAGAACAAUGCGUGCCUUUUUUUGCAUUAAAAUUAUUGUGUAGCUUCACUGUUUAAAGCAGCACCUACAAUCGCCACCUUCUUAAGAUAACAUAUAAUAAGGGGAUUAACAUUUCAGAUGAGACGCUGAGGAUCUCACUAUUGCUACAUUCUCGAGAAAUCAAAAAUAAUACGUUUUGAUAACUUCAGUCUGAAAGGUAAAUGAACAUGACCUCCACUGGUAUCCUCUUCCUUGUUAUCACUGUCAUCUAUAUCAGUGCAGGAAAUGCAAAGAACGUUUUUGUAAAUGUGUUCUGCAAGGCUGAAAACGUGGGACAGUUUGGCCAGCAGUCAUUGCUGGAGUGUGAGGUCCAAACCAUACAGGAGGCAGCAGAUGCAAAAAUCCGUGUUGUCACUUGGAAAAAACAGGGGGCUAAGAAACCCUUACUGGUUUUUCACAGAGCAGAAACUAUACAACAGCCAGGCUAUGAGUUUGCUGAGCCGUCCUGGAACGACAAGAACAUGAACGUGUCCCUGCUCAUCAACAAAACUUUGCUGUCGGAUGCUGGAGUUUAUAUGUGCACGGUGAUGACAAACAGCGGUGAUGGCGAGAGCCACGCCAACCUUAAAGUCACAGCCAAAUACAGUGUACCAGUUAUACGCUCCAUCCCUGAGAAAAUUACUCAAAAAGCAGGUGCUGACCUGAUGUGUCAAUCUGAUGGUGGCUACCCAGAAGGUCAAAUUCACUGGUUUGAGGACGGCAAAACGGAGCGGAUAAAAAGCUCUAAAAUGGAGGUGAAACAGACACAAAGUGGUCUGUUUAACCUCUCUAGCAAGCUGACUUUGGUACAAGGAUCCAAUUUCUCCAAGUAUACCUGCGUGGUGUUCAAUGCCAGUGGAGGCAAAGAGACUGAGACCACAUUUGAAGUAGAAAACGCUCCAGAAGCAGGAGGGCGCGAAGGACGGAAAGGGUUGGAUUCAGUCUCCAAAAUAGUCGCUCCUUUGGUGGUCAUUGGAUCGCUGAUCGUAGGAUUGCUGUUGGCACUGCUGUUUUAUAAAAGGCGAACUCAACAGGCCCGGAGGCACUCUACAAAACCCCUUAUGGGUGACCAUCAAGAGGUUGGUAGAUGCGAAUCAGACGUGGAGGAAGUUGGUCCUCAAGAGAUGGAUGAAAAGUGCCAAUGCAGCCUGGUCUGAGGAUAUACUGCAUGUCACAUGAAUUUGCAAACUUACUAACAACAUCUGAUAUCAAUAGUUCCUUGUUUGCCAAACUCCACUCUGUCAUUUCCUGUUGCAAAUUACCGAGAUUCGUGAGAGGAAAUGUAAGAUCUUUGCUUACCUGCCAUAGUUGCCAGAGUAUCAAGUCUACAUCUAAGAGAACAUUUAUUUUGAAUUAGUGUCAGACAGGGGGAAGCCAGGGGGUCGUUUUCAAGCUGUGGCUCACAUUAAAAACUUGACAACCGCAUCAAGAGCAAAGUCUUAUCACUAAAAACCAACAUGAUAGCAAUGAGUUUUAAGAUGACACUGAAUGUUAGUUGGUGGAGGAAAAAGGCUGAUUAGAUAUGUUUCUAUGUAGCCUAUACAGUAACUGUAGCAUUUUGCUGCUUGGCAGCACUGGCCUUCCUUCUCACUUCCUCUUCUCAAAUCAUGUCAAGAGUUAUAAGGAAAACGUGGAUUCAUAUUCUACGAAUAGGGUCAGAGGGUUGUCUGUGUUUGCGUGUGUGUAUGUGUUUGUGUUUUGGAAAAAUUAAACUAACUUGCUGCUCAGAUUUUUAUUUUUAUUUUUACAUUCUAUGUAACUCGAUUAUUUGGCAAUGUUUUGUGAGGGUGUUAAAAGAUAACACUUGUUUUUGCACAACAUUUUUUCUUGUUUAAAGCAAAUCUCAUAAAAAGAUCAAAAGUAGCAAUGCAUCAGUUUGUCUCGACACUUGUGCACUCUA